CCACACACGCUAUUCAAAUCAGCCUAGUUUAGGUUUAGUAUAAGUUGUGCGGCAGCUAUUUGUUAAUGCUCUGACAACCCCUUUUCGCCCCCCCCCCCGCCCCCGCUAAUUUCUGUUGGGUGCGGGCAUUUCCUUAUCUGCCGGUAGCGUAAUUUGUUGUGUGCCAACACAACAGAGCGUGGGCAUCUCGUGCAAUGAUGUCUGUCCCCCGUAUUCACUUCUGGGUGGCGGUUAGUAUUUUCUCGGCUAUCGCAAUAUCUUGCCAAAGUGCCCGAUAAACAAAUUAAUUCACCGAGAUAUUUUUUAAUCUGCUUUUCAUUUUGUUUUACACAUCGCUGACAUCAGGGUGUUAAAUUCCUCUACUUUAUAAUAAAUUAUUUAUUUCAAAACUGAUGUAAUUUGUUAAUGAAACCGCCGCACUGUCAUUGCAUCGCAGUUAUUGUAAUAAAUUACUGAAUUUAAUUAUUUAUAACCAAAAAGCUGUGAUUUAUUUACAAAAUAUGAAAUAGCGCCGAAAUGUAUUACGAAGGUUGCGAAAAUAUAUUUAUUACAGUAAUUAUAUGAAUACUAACUACGUGACAAGGGUCCUCGACACUUUGCCGUUGUACUCAAUGUUCUCCCGUUCUACACAUCCAAUCUGCACGCUCUAAAGUUCUACAGAAUCCUCUCAGUGUCGAGAGUAAUCCUGCAUCUUCAAAUUUCUGAAAAGCCCAAUUCCCACAGUCCAGUGGUCACUCAAAAGCUUGUUACCAUGGUGGCCAUUAUCUUAACAUGGGCUGUUUGUAAAUUCCCAGAUUGUUACUAUGCGUUAUUAUAUCGAACUGUCAUUGGAAAUUAGCGAACUGCGAAUUAGCAAGAAUAACAGGUUCUGCUCACGCCUGUUUAUUUUGUUCGUGCCUCCUUAUUGUAAUAAACAUCGUGCCAUAUGCAGUUAACCUUUUUACAUGCUCGAAAUCCUAAGACAGUAUUCAUCCGUGCUGGGCUUGUAUUAACUUAUGUAAUAAGUACAUGUGUAAAAGUAUAGCACACACAAGUCAGUGCCAGCUCACCUGCCUAUGAAAACAUAACGGAGAUAAAAAUUAAAACAGAAUAAACACAAAUCAGUAAUCGUACAGGGAUCCCCGCAGCCACAGAUUCUCGGAGAAAGAAAUCCUCGACAUUCUGCUGUCCGGUUACGAUAGAGACGUUCGUCCCCAACCGAUUGUCAACGGCAGCGGAACAGUUCAGCCCGUUCGCAUCCGGGUCAGCAUGCUCCUCCGGAGUAUUUUUCAUCUGGACGACAUAACAAUGUCCCCCGUCGCACAAAUGACCCUGCGCCUGCGGUGGAACGAUCCCCGGCUGGUGUUUAACGCGCCCAACCAUGAAUACCUCACCCUACCUUCGCCAGCUCGCAUCUGGAAAGCGGAUCUCUUCUUCGCCAACGAACAGUCCGCUCAUUUCCACAACAUACUACAACCUAACGUCCUAACCCGGAUUUAUCCAAAUGGUGACGUAUUAAUGAGUCUCCGUCUGACGUUGAAAUUUGGAUGUUCCAUGGAUCUGCGGAUGUUCCCCAUGGAUCGGCAGGUGUGCGCGAUCCCCCUGUCCAGUUUCGGAACGACGAGUAAGGAUGUGGAGAUUGUGUGGGACACCGGUGACAGCAUCCAGCCUCCUCAUCCCAUACAGCUGGGAUUCGAUGUGUCCAUGCCGCGGUUCCGCCUGGUUGGCGUCUAAGCCGAAGACUGUACAAUACACACCAGUACCGGGACAUUCAGUUGCGUUAGAGCUAGAUUACGCCUGCAGCGCCAGACCUCAUUCUACAUUCUGCAAGUGUACUUACCUACGGCCAUGCUUGUGUUGGUGUCGUUCAUCUCCUUCUGGUUUGACGCGGAAGCUA